UGGACUCUUUCGUUAGGCCACCAACGCUCUCUGGGUCUCGCUUUGUGAAUUUGCCUUCGAUUGCCUCCCAUACCUAUCUGCCGCUUGGAAGACUGCAAGCUGUCUUUCCACCACUCGCUGUUCCGUCGCCCGAGGAUACGCGCAGACAUGGACCUGCUGCCUACAAUCUCUCCCACCCCUCAACACAAUGGCGGACAGUUCAGAGGGUCCUCCGUGUCGAACCGCGUCCCUGUGAUAUUCAGGAGACUGACGCGAGUCCAGCAGAUGGAUUUCGAAUUGGCGGCAUGGCAGUUGACAUACCUAUGCAUUUCUCCUAAAAGAGUGUACCGCAAUGUCUACUUUCAUAAACAGACGAAGAAUACGUGGGCAAGAGACGACCCCGCCAUUCUCAUUUUAAUUGCGGCGUGUUUAGUCGUGUCCGCUAUAGCAUGGUCGGUUGUCUACUCAUACAGCCUCUGGGGAGCUAUUGAGCUAGCCUUCCUCAUGAUAUUUCGCGACUUCCUCCUUGGUGGCAUCGCGGUCUCAACAAUCAUAUGGUUCUUUGCAAACCGAGUGCUGUUGUCACCCCCAUCGCAUUCUACGCCGGAAGAUGCGAAAGUAGAGUGGGCAUAUGCGUUUGACGUCCACACGAACGCGUUUUUCCCGCUCUACUUGACCCUGUAUCUGGCACAACUUUUCUUAGUGCCAAUCGUCCUGAAGAGCAACUGGAUCUGUUUAUUCGUAUCAAAUACGCUCUAUCUGGCGGGGUUCGCACAGUAUAUGUAUGGGAUAUACCUAGGACUCAACACCCUGCCGUUCCUUGUCCGCACAGAACUUCUGCUUGCGCCACUACUACCUCUCUUUACGGGUUACAUAGUGUCGUUGCUGGGGUUCAACGUCGCCAAGCAUGUACUACCUCUAUACUUCGGUUCAUGACGGUCAUGUAGAUUUCGGCUGCUCUUCAAUGGAUAUAUCCCCAUAUUUAAC